UCGACCAUUGUUUCAGAUGUUCUAGAAGUGCGCCUGCUGUCAUAUUCGAUUUUUACAAUUUAUAACGAUUUAAUUUUUGUCGGUAAUUGUUGAAUGGUUUCUCGAUACCAAUUCAUUUCUGGCUAGAGUGAAAAAACAGUGGCUUGCAUUCUGAAUCUACAAAGAAGCGACCUUGAAAGCGAAAUAGAAUCUCCAUACUGCUGGAGAGGUAGAGGCAUCCCAGCGAACUGAUGGAGGAGAUGGAAUAUUUUGAGGAACAUUACAUCAAUAUGGAAAAUCCGAUAAAUCUGGAAAAAAAAACUAAAAAAAGGUGUAUUGACAUGGGAAAUCACGUGAUGGUAAUUACAGAAAUUCCUGAUCUGCCAGAAAGCGUAAUGACAAAGGAGUUUGAUCUCAGCAGCCUGCAUUUCAAGUCGCUUCAAGAGCUUGCUAUGAGGAAAUUGGCAGUACAGUUGUGCUGUCACCGCAAGAUGCUUGCGUAUGCUGGGCAAACAGAUUCAGCAGCGCGACGUCAAAAGGAACACGAAACAACCAUGUACGAUUUGUUGAAAGAUCUUCUAUCUGAAGCUAAGGUUCCACAAACGAUGAAACACGAGUUAUUCAGUUUAAUGAAAUCAGUUUCCAGAGAAAUAAUAAAAUGGUUGGAUCUCCAUGAAAAUUAUUUAGGUCCGUGUAACCUAAACGAAAUGGAGAAUUUGGAACACCUUUGUUGGACAGCAUUGGGGAGUAUAGAUUAUCCAGAUACAGCCGCAACACUCAUUCGCCUCGAAAAGCUGCACCUGACACAACGUUACAAGCUCGCUUGUCUGUACUGCUUAGAAGAGGACAUCAGAGAGCUUUGGCGAAAGAUGCCCGAAAAAAGCAAAAAGUCCUAUUAUGAUGCCGACCCUGCGAAUCUGAAGCAGCCAUAUUUGGUUAUUGUUUGGACUUUCAUCUUAAAAGGAAAAGAAAAAAAAUGUCUUAGAUACUUUGCAGAAAAAGGAAAAUUCCACCCCUCCAUUAAUCACUUUGGGUUCGAAAGUGCUGCAACCUGCGGUUACAGAACGGCUACUCAGUACUUUUAUGAAAAGUUAACGUUCGAAGAAAGAGAAAAAGUAUUGAUGAAAACCGCCAUGUCUGUAGCAAGCCGACGUUCAAAUGAUUAUUACUUUUACAUGGAGGAACGCCAACAAUUAGGUGACGUUUUGUUCUAUUUGAUGUCCGUGAUGCAGCCGUAUGAGCAGAAGAUAUUGCUUUCGCACCGCCCUUGUGAGAUCUUGAAGUGCGUGCUGGAUUGGCCCAGGCAAGAUGCCUUUAUCGAGUUUGCAAAAUCCGCGUAUCCUUCCCUUUCAUUACGCGCUUACAUCCGGGUGCUUUUCAAUCUAUCCCGAAGAAGUUCUUGGGGAUAUAAUCAUUCGAAAUUAUUUCAAGAAUUUUUCCUGCUCGAUCCCCUUGAUUUCAGUUUAUCGCUGAUAGUCUAUAACGACAUUUUGCGAGAUUUUAUUCGAAGUGACGACAUAGAAACUGUCAAAUUUCUUUUCAGGCAUCUGGACGAACAGAAAAAAGAUGAAGCUGUUUUGGGUUCCACAGGAAGUUUCAUUAACUACGAACUAAUCAAGGAGGGUAAGUGGGAUUUGUUGAAUCUUUUCAUUGAAGAGGUGAAGCUGUCCGAAUCAGGCAGACGGAGGAAUGUAAAAUUCUUCAGUGAAAGUCGUGGAUUACAUCAGGAGAAGGAAAAUAUCGAGAGUCUCCUAAAAGUCAACAAUUUCAUUGAUAUUUUCGAUCAAGAAAAUAUCCAGGAUAACACUGAUCUUGACAUUCCAAAAGAAGAAAUAAAAGAACCGAACUCUGCAAGAAAACGUUUAAUGCCUUUAAAAGCAGUAUACGAUAAGUGUAUUAAUUUUCUUUUCCGAUAAGUUCCAUGCAUACCUAUUUUGUAAAUUGUAAAUUGUAUCAUUGUUGUGUGACAUCGCAACGCAAAUUCUUUUCUUUUUAAUUUGGGGAUUUUUAAUACUGUCUUCAUGUGAAACCUAAAAUUUUAUUGUAUAAAUAUUUAAAUUUUACCAGAAAAUUUAAUUUGAAUUUAUCUCGAGGAAUCAAGUUCUUUUAGCAUUUUAAGUUCUUUCCAAGUGUUCUUGCAUAAUACAUUAUAAAAUGUGUGUCUACACAUUUGAUGUUUGUUGCAUGUUCAUUUACAGAUGUGUACUAAUCUUGGCAUGGAUUAUUUUGAAAUUGUUGAUGUUAAAACUGUCAGGGAAAUUUCAUGCUUUGUAAAAUUUUAUAACUUGCAAAUUGUAUCAUAGUUGUCUGACAUCGCAAAGCAUAUACAUUACUUCGUAAUGCGGUGAUGUUUUUAAAAACUAUUUUCGUUUUAAAACUAAUAUUUAUUUUAAAAGUAUUUUAUUUUGCCAAAAAAUAUAAUUUGCUUUUAUCUCGAGGAAUCAAGUUCUGUUUAUAUUUUAUUGGUUCUUUCCACUUGUUCUUGCUUAAUACAUUAUAAAAUGUGUGUCUACACAUUUGAUGCUUUGGUGCAUGUUAGUGUAUAGACGUGUACUAAUCUUGAUGUUGAUUACCUUGAAAUUGUUGAUGUUAAAAUUG